AGAAUUAUAAGUUUGAAUUACUAACCAUAUCAAAUAAAAUUGUAGGGAAAGAAGCUGGAGAUGCAUUUUCAAAGGCUGCCGAUAUGCAAUUGCGACUCAAUGAACGUGAUGAAGCUGCAUCUACUUAUAUUAAUGCUUCGAAAUGUUAUAAAAAAAGCAGCUUUGAAGCUGCAAUUACAUCCUUAAAACAAGCUAUUGAAAUUCUUACCGAUAAAGGUCGAUUUCAAGCAGCAGCUGGACAUCAAAAGGAUAUUGCCCAGAUUUAUGAAUCUGACCUAAUUGAUCUAGAAAAGGCGAUGCAGGCUUACGAGAUUGCAGCGGAUUGGUAUGCUGGAGAAGAGGCUACCGCACUUGCAAAUAAUUGUCUUCUUAAAGUGGCCACUUUUGCAGCAACAUUGGAGCAAUAUGACAAAGCCAUUGAAAAAUUUGAACAAGUUGCAGCAGCUAGCCUCGACAAUCAACUAACGAAGUGGUCACUCAAGGAUUAUUUUUUAAAAGCUGGAUUAUGUCACAUUGCAUGG